CUCACAGUCACCAAUUACAGCCAGAGCCGACGGUAUAACGCAAAACAUGGCUGAAGCCGUUGUGGACGGGACUCCAAUGUCCCGUUUUUUUUGUCACAAGUGUAGUGUUGAAAUCCAGCGUUUAUUACCUGAUUACACAUGUCCACAUUGUGCCAGUGGAUUCAUAGAAAAGCUAGAAAACGAGGAAGAUGACCAUGAUAUGAGUAUGGAAAUUAGUGCUGAGGAUUUCAAUGAUAUUGAUCUCGAUCAACAAAUGUACAUGGAGCUCAGUGACAUUCCCGAGCUCACUGUAUCUGGCUCAGAUGGCGGUACAGGAUUACCACGGGAUAGGAGGCGAAGUGAUGUACAAAAUAGAUUGUCAAAUGCACGACAGAGACGACGAAUGUUGUCUUCCGAAAAUCUUUUCCAUGAGUUCUUCAUUAAUCUCACCGGACUAAGACGUCCCGUCGCUACGGGUCAGCCACCUGUGUUUUUCUUGGGUAAUCCUGGUGACUAUGUGUGGGGUAGAGAUGGACUGGACUCUAUAGUAACGCAGCUACUCAACCAAAUGGACGGAAGUGGUCCACCUCCAUUACCACGUCAGCAAAUUGACGAAAUUCCAAAUACCACAAUUAGCCAAUCACACAUUGAUUGCAAACUACAAUGUUCCAUAUGCUGGGAGGAUUUUAUUCUGUCUGAAUCCGUCAGGCAAUUAUCGUGCAAGCAUUUGUAUCAUACACCGUGUAUUGUUCCUUGGCUAGAACUUCAUGGAACGUGUCCAAUAUGCCGACAGAGUCUUGGAGACCAAAGCUCUGCAGAGGCAAAUCAGGACGAAGUCGGGCCAAGCCUGGCAGCGCUCUUCAGAGCAGUUCAGAGCAGCAAUCAAUUCAACAGCAGAGCAUCAUCUACCUCCUCAUCGACAAGUAGCAACUCCAGCAAUGACUCCUCCAAUGAACAUUAAAUUAACAAAUUUUGUAAUGAAUUAUUGUACAGUGUCGCUCCUCCUCUGACUUAGGUUCAUACAUUUCACUAUUUUUGUUUCCCACACGCGAAGAAAUUGUAUACAGCACACUUAAUUAUCCCAUUUUGAACAGGAGCAUAUACAUCCCAUCAUCUAGUUCUGGAAAUUAUUUAUAAAAGUACCCGGACGUCGUGAAAUUGAGAAACGAGGAGACAGUCAUCACCUACUGAAAAGUUCAUUUUAUUUCCAUUUUCGUUCGUAUUCACAAUCGUUGGUGUGAAUUGUUAAUUAUUUAUAGGAAAAUAUCAAUGAUUAAUGGAAACAAAAAUGGAUGGAAGCAGGAGAAGAUGCGGGUAGCAGCGGCAAUUCAGAAUAUUUUUCUCUCUCAUUGAAUUGAAUUAUUUUUCGUCAUUUUGACAAGUUUCUCCGAGGAAUGAAUCCACGGAAUUAAAAAAAUUGUUAAAUUGUAAGAGCUUCAUUAUCAACUCAUGCUCAAUCUUUCAUUCAAUAAAUGAGUAAACGAAUUGAAUUUAUUCAAUCACCUCUUUGCAUUCAUCAAGAUUUUAUCUUAUGUGAUUCGUAGAGAAAUUACAUCAAAAUAAAUUUGCAGAUUAUUUUGUCUCUCUUCGGAAGACGAGAAUUUGAACAGAAACGUCGAAUUGCCUCUCUUGUGAAGAGUUAUGCGUUUCACAAAUGAAGUCUCUCGACAUUCUCUGAAAUCUCAGUGUCCGAGAUAUUUUCAUAAUAAUCCGUUUUUUUUAUUUCUACCAAUACGUCACGAUUUUUAACGAGUAUACACUCGUUACAUUCAAUAUACACUCAAAAUAAUGUUCUGUCAUCCAUGAGGAAUGAAUUACAUAUGCUGAGGUGAAUUGAGAAUUUAGUUGCAAUGAUUUGAUUAUUGUCUCAUCAUUUUCAUAAUCUCAGUAUGGAUGUAUCAAGAAAUGAGAAGAAAAGUUGGAGAAGUAUAAACAAAUCAUAAAUUACUAUCGUAAAGUGGCUGAAGAGUGUAUGAGCACAAAAACUCAUUUUGUGAAUAAUUAAAAGAAAAAAGUAAUAUUAAAAGAUAUUAAUCGAGUUUGUUACGGAAGAUGGAAUAACAAUGGGAAGUCUAGGCAGAAUUUUCCUACGUCUACAGUUAACGCUAUGAUGUAAUGAUAAUCCAGCUUUAUAGUUGAUAAACGUGUAAAUUAGGAAAGUUAUUUAAAAAAAUGAGAAGGAAAUAAUACAAAAUAAAACCCAUGUAUUUAUUCAUCAA